AUGAACUUCAUUCUGGCCCUGGCGGCCGUUUCGACAGCCUUGGCGCUGCCUCUGCAACGUCGAGCCCAGGCCUCGACGGACCUUUGCGGAGACUACGACUACAUCAUCCUGUCGGACACCCCCUGGAUAGUGUACAACAUGCUGUACAACGCCGACGAGACGGUCGGCACACAGUGCACAUACUACGAUUCGCAGACGACGGCAGCCUCGGGCACGCGCGAAGUGAUCUGGAGCAGCAUCACAGAGAUCACCUACGAGGAGAGCACGGACAAUGUUCCCAAGGGGUACUCGUUUGUCGGACUGACAGAGAACCUGGAAACGAGACUGAGCGACAUCUCCUCCAUCCCGACCGUCUACGAAUGGACACGCACCAACUCGACUGCCUUCAAGGGAAACGUCUGCUACGACUUCAUGACAAACGAUGUCGCGGGGGACUCGACCUCGAGCUCGUCGCAUGAAUUGAUGCUCUGGCUGCAGUACGAGGGCGGCCAGUUGCCCAUCGGCUGGGCGGACGGGGCGGUGGACACCAUCGACGACCUCUUCGGCACCUCCUGGAAAUUGUACUCGGGCGUCAACGACGACACGGGAAUCACCGUCAGCAGCUUGUUGCCGGAUACCCAGUUCGACGGGGACUUUGGGGGCGAUCUCAGGGAUUGGCUGAUGGCCUUGGUCGAUAUCGGUCUGUUCGACGAGACGACCUAUGUCAACGUCGGGAACGGAGGGACGGAAUUCUUCUAUGGAAAUGCUGUUAUGAAUGCUACCUUUGCCUUGGAGAUUGAAUUGGGAACUGCUACUACUGUUGCAACCGCCUCUGUAAACAGUGUUACUGCUGCUGCCGCUGCCACUGCGACGACUGCCGUUCGGACCUCGUCUACCUUGGAUAAUACCUCGGCCACCUUGAGAUCAUCAACCAUGCCGUCCCAGUCAGCUUCUCCUUCCGCCUGGAGACAGGGCGAUGAAGACGGAGAUGACGACUGUUACUAG